CCCCCUCUAAGUAGCAUAAGAAUAAUUGAAUAAAUUUAUGUGGUUCUUUGUUGAGUUGAAUAGCAGACCGAUAACAAUUAUCUGAGUAUAAUGAUCCACUAUUCGUGCAGUAAAAAAUUGUGUCAAUUUUUGAAAUAAAUUCAGGCGUUGGUAAAGCUACCGCUUGUGGACUUUGCUUGAAACCCUAUGUAUCGCAAAUAGUUUUAAUAGCAGCUUCAACUGUUUUGCUAAACACUUGCGUUGCAAAUUUAACUCGCAUUUUUUCAAAUGAGUUUGGAAAUAUGUGUUGUCUAGUCAACUGUGGGCACAUCUUGGUAUUGCAGUUUUCCUCUCGUUCCCACAACUCUUGUAUGACUUUAAAACUUACAAUGCCAUCGGGCGUUUUUUGGUCACACUUCAGCAAUUUAUUCCGUAACGACUUAAUCAAAUGUGGGAAAUAAAACAUAAAUGUUUUUCCCUUCAAAAUUAAAAUAAGGCUUCUCUACACUAACCCCAAAAUUAGAAAAGCAUUUUCAAUUAGAGAACAUUGAUUUCAGCAUAAAAACGCAUACCUGCUUACCAAUUUUAUUUGUUCUCUCGAAGCCUGUACAUUCAAAUCCGUCAAUCAAAUCCAGUUUUGAAUUAUAUCUUAACAAACAUACGUCCAAGCUUAUGAAAAUGUUGUGAGUUGUGUGAUUUAUUUCAACUGUGAAGACGCUCGGGUAGACAUUUUUUUUGCUCAGUGAUAUUGGAAUGUAAAAAUCUGCGCAAUUAAAAUGCAGCGAAGAAACCAGGUAAUAAUUUAACUUUUUUAUAAUAUUGCGAUUCUUUUAUUAUAUGUAGGUAUGUAUUCAUAUUUGUAUAGAUUUUAUCACGUCAAAGAAUUGAAGAAAUCGUCAAUGAUGAUGACGAGUCACUUGAUGAAGCGUCUGAUGAAGAUCGAGAUUUUCAAUGUGAUGAAUCUGAAAUAAAUGAGUCUGAUGUAUCUACAGAUUCUUUUGAUAGCAUUGAAAGUCUGAGCAGAGAAACACAAGGAAAUAAUGAAUGUUUUCCUGCAAAAGAUGGUACGAUUGUUUGGUAUAAAGAUCCUCAACAAAUGCAAUGCAGCAGAAUGCGACAAGAAUGCAUUCUUUCAAAUAAACCAGGCCCUUCACAACACGCACGUUCCUUGGUUGCUAGCAUAAAAGGUGCUUUCGAUUUAUUCAUUUCACUAGAACUGAAACAAAUUAUUGUUGAAAUGACCAACUUCAAGGGCGUGCAGUUAUAUGAAAGUUAGUGGGAGAUCAUUGAUAUAAUGGAACUGGAAGCAUACUUUGGGCUGCAGAUCAUGGCUGGUGUUUCCAAGUCUAACGGGGAAAGCUUGAGAUGUUUAUGGGAUGAAACAAAUGGAAGACCCAUAUUCCGCGCUGUUAUGCAUAUUGAACGAUUUAUGCAAAUUUCACGAUGCCUCCGUUUUGAUAGCCAUGAAGAUAGGGAAACCAGACGGUUACGUGAUAAGCUAGCUCCAAUAAGAAAUAUUUGGGACAAAUGGAGCAAAAAUCUUAAACUGAUGUAUAAUCCAAAUGAAAAUGUGACCGUCGAUGAGCAGCUGGUACUUUUUCGUGGAAGAUGCUGUUUUAGACAGUACAUACCUUCCAAACCUGCCAAAUAUGGCAGUAAAAUAUGGGCUCUUUGCGAUUCCAAGUCCAACUACGCAUGGAAUAUGGAUGUCUAUCUAGGAAGGGCCAGAAAAACUCAGCCAGAAAAGAACCAAGGUGAAAAUGUAGUUAUAAAUCUCACACGCAAUUUGGGGAAAGGUCAUACCGUCACGUGUGACAACUUUUUUACAACCUACAAUUUGGCUGUCGAAUUGCUACGACGUAAAAUAACGGUAGUAGAAACAGUUAGAAAGAACAAGAAGUUUCUUCCCCUCCAAGCUAUUGACGUCAGGAAAAAACCAGAGCAUUAUUCGGAAUUAUUUUUCACACAAAAUGUGACUGUUGUGACCUACAUGCCAAAGAAAUACAAUUCGUUGUUGUAAUGAGUACUCUUCAUCAUUCGGCAGAGACUAGGGAUGAUCAGAAAAAGAAACCAGAAAUGAUACAUCACUAUAAUGCGACUAAAGCAGGUGUUGAUGCGCUGGACCAAUUAAUAGCAACGUACACAUGUAAACGCCAAACGAAACGAUGGCCAGUUGCACUCUUUUCCAAUAUGGUCGAUGUUUCGGGAUAUAACGCAUAUGUUAUAUGAACCGAACUUAA